AUGCAUCCUUUAUUUUGUAGGGAAGAUGUUAAAGAAGACGAGGCUGGUUCAAUCAGGCUGAGCGUUGCAGAUGUGUUGCGACGACAAAAGCGCGAACUUGCCGCCAGGAAGGGCAACGUUCGCUUGGGUAUUAUGCGUCAUGUGUUCAUCGUGGUCGAUAUGUCGGAAGCGGCGUGUAACAACGUGGAGUUCGUUCUCCUUGGUCGGACAACGGGUCUAAAGGUAUUUCAUUCUUUCCCGUUAUUUGGGCACUGAUU